UGUACCGCUCCAUUUAGCAGCUCGUAGUUCCGUGUACCUGUCUAUCGAUUGCGCGGUUUCGAAUGUUAAUGUAUUUCGAAUUAUGAAGGGAAUACCGGCUUUCGAAGCCUUCUGAAAUAAUAUGUUCCCACUGAAUUGUUACACACCGAUGGCUGUGACUUGUAGCAUCUCUUCUGUCGUCGUAGUUCCAUUGUGUGUGUUUCCAUCCCAUCUGUGUCGUCAAUGAACGUCUGUUGUGAAAACAGGAGCAUUUACUGGAACCACAUUUUCGCAAACACGAGGUUACGAAUGCUUCGUAACCAUCAAUUGACUAUCUGAAUUUUUAUAUUUAGUCAAAGAACAGAAUCUAAUGAUUAGAUAGAAUAAACUUAAUUAAGUACAAGGUACAAGUAUUUCAAUUUGAAGAAUGCGAAGUAAUACAUUUAAAUAGGAAAUGUUGAUGGCUUUUAGCUAUUCACUGAUAGGAAAAAUCUCUGCAUUGAUAAACUAGAUGAAAUAUUCACAAAGAAAACUACAAAGUAUAAGCGAACAUCUAUUCUUUGCAGAGAAAAAUUCAGUAUGCCCUGUGUGUGCUGAAAAAUUAAAUAUGGAGAAAGAAGUAAAGAAACACUCAUUGGCUCAUCGGGAAGAAACACGACUUCAGUGUGAAAUAUGUGGUUUAAAUUGUAGUAAUAAAGAUGCUUUACGUAAGCAUUCAUCUGCCCAUUCAAAUGUGAAACUGAAUGUAUGUGAAGCUUGUGGUAAAGCAUUCAAAACAAGAAGUGACUUAAAAAGACACAUAAAUGUUCAUAUGAUACAAAAGCCUUAUGUAUGUGAAGUCUGCAAUAAAGCAUUCGCUCACAUUUCUAGCAUAAAAGUACAUUCACGCAUUCAUACAAAGGAACAACCUUACAUCUGUGACGUCUGCAGUAUGGCGUUUAACCAUUCAAGUAAUUUAAGGACACAUUUACGUAUUCAUACAAAUGAAAAGCCCUACGUUUGUGAAAUAUGUGUCAAAAAAUUCACUCAAAUAGGUCAUUUGAGACAACAUUUAGGUACUCAUACAAAAGAAAAGCACUAUGUCUGUAAAAUCUGUAAUAAAGCAUUCAGUCGAAGGAACCAUUUAGCAAAUCAUGUGCGUACUCAUUGAAAAAAAACACAA